AUGGACCAAGGAGGCGACCAUCAACAGGCACCAAACGCGGAUGCCCUUCGCCCACGUCUCGAUCUCAGAGAAGAAGCCGAGAUAAUUUGGUUGGAGAUUGAACAGCGUGGUUACGCAGUGCCUGGGAUAAGCCGUAACUUUCUUUUUGGACUUCGGCUCGAGAUAACCGGAGUCUCCACAUCUGAACAUAUCAAUAAUCUAUACCAGUGUCCCACCGUAGCGAACGGAGAGUGGAGCACAGGAGUACCCUUGGAUAUAUGCACAGCAGUGUGGUGUCAACAUAACGUGUCGUACCAAAGAGGACUAUCGGAAUCACCAGUUGCUACUUCCAUUUGGUAUAGGGGCCAGAAAGCCGAGGCGAAACCAACUCAUCACAACUCGCCAGUAAUUCAGAAAUUCGUGCGGCAGAACAAAAAGAAGCAGUUCGAGAUCAACCUCCAUAAAUUCAAAUACAACAAGAAGGAGGAGGACGAAGCUGACAAGUAA